UUCUUCUUUGAUGCUAUCAUCAUUGAACCUUUCAAAGAAGGAUCCAUUUUGCGCCGGUUGGUCAUAUGUUCCUUAUGUGUUAUAGCGUGCUUUCCUUGGGAUCUCAUUUUUAAGGCCUUUGGACUACCUGUUCAAAUCCUUUUGUUGUCUCGACUGGUUAGAUUGCUCCACAUACAUCGUUUUUCAAAUUGGUUGGAUAAGAAUAUCCACCAUGAUAUGUGGAACAAAGUUCAAGCAAUAUUCAAGAUUUUAAUUGUUCCAUUCUAUAUAGUCCACGUGCUUGGAUGUUUUAUGUUUUAUUUGGCCACCACUUAUCAUCCUUGGGGUGAUACUUGGAUAGGAAGUCUGAAGAUGGGAACUUACAGCUAUUCCGAUCUUAAGGAGAUUGAUCUUCCCAGAAAAUAUGUCACAUCGUUGUAUUGGUCCGCUAUGACCUUUACAACAAUAGGCUUUGGAGAUAUUCAUGCAGUGAAUAUACGGGAGAUGUUAGCGAUGACGAUUUUCUCAUUGUUGGGCGUAUUUCUCCAAGCAUAUAUAACGAAUAGCAUGACUAUGCUAUUCGUUAUAAAGAGAACCGAGCAGCAGACAUCGGCGUCAGAAGGUGCUCCCCCACAUUGGGAUGAUAAAUUGCAUCAAUUGACGAAAACUAUGCAAAAAUUGGAGGAGACCAUUGGUGGUCUUGUGGAGAAGUUAGAUCAGCAAGUGGAGUUGAGAGGCAGCAUGGAUAACAGAGAGAUACAGGAGCAGAGAGAGCAGGGAGACAGAGGAUCUAACAGACACAGACAGCAGUUUGAAAUCAACCCGGUAGAUUAGGUUUCUCAGUUGUCUUUCUUUACACUUAUGCCUUUAAACUGUGGCCUGAAGAAGCUUAGAAUGAAUACAUGUUAAUAGGCGUUACCUUCCUUGGAUUUGUGAUAUGUGAGUUGAUUAUUCACAAAAAUUCUAUAUAAUUAUUGG